AUGAAAGCCUACAACCUCCUAAUGUACCACACUGUUCUUCUAUGGCUAACUAAACAUUUAUCAGGAAAACGAUGUGCAGAUGUUCCGCACUUUUCUACAAGGUUAAAUAUGCUACAGUCUUCAAGAAGUUCUGCAAGACUGGCCGCAAAAAGAAUUUUUAAAAAACGAAUUUGUGGCCCAAGCAGUUUCACAAAAGAUGUAGUGCUACUUCCUGAUGCUAAUUUUGUUGUGGUUCCAAGACGAGGAACAAAGCAAUGGCUGUUUGACAGUGAUCAUGUGAAGAAUGCAGUGGAAUUUCAAAAGGACUGGGAUGCGAAAAUGAUAAUUGAACAAUUGCGAUUAGUUUUCAGCGAUAAAAUUGAUUCAAGCAUACAAUUUGAAAUUCUCAUGGGUCUACAUAAUAAAGUUGUUAAACCAAACCUAGUGGCUGGACAAACUUUGUCUGGAUUUGUGAUAAACAAGGUGUUGUACCUUAGACCAAACAAAACACUUCUUCAGUCUCCUGAUGAUAUCAUUGAGAAGUGUACAAACUCCUCCGACAAUGAAACAGAACACAAUGAAGGCAAGCAUUGUAUUUAUGAAGAUUCUCAUUAUGAAAUGAAACAGUAA